GUGACGGCGUAGCGCCUUGUUCGCGAGACGUAGGUUUUUUCGGAGCAUCCGCGCGAAGGCUGACGAUCGCCUCGCUGAUAUGGCAUGCCCAUUGCCCACAAUGUUUGCUAUCAAACCUUGUAACACUGAAAGGCAAAGCUUGUUCUGAACACUGGCACGACGACCUAUGCUUCCACGCCCACCCACUCAUAAACUGGGGCCCAGUACGUGCGCACGUUCCCAGCCCCUCGCCCUCUCCACCCUCCUGUCGGCCCUCGGGCGUUGCGAUGUCCCAGAGUCCUGCUGAAUGCCAGGUCGCGGGCGACCCCUUCAAUAAGCCUAAUGCCGACAUCGCCUUGCAGACGUCGGACGAUGUCCACUUUUACGUGCACUUGGUCGUCCUCGGACUGACAUCCGGCUUUUUCGAAGGCAUGGAGAAGCUUCCCCAGCCUGCCGGCGGCAGCGAGCGGGCCAUCAUCAAGGUCUCCGAAGACAGCGCCACGUUGGAUGCGCUCCUCCGCUUCAUGUAUCCCUGCGACAAUCCGGCCAUAGACGAUGUCAUGCGGAUCGGGGACAUCCUGCGGGCUGCGGUCAAAUACCAGGUGGACGACGCCGUCAAGCACUUGAAGAAACAGCUUUCGACGUUUGACGACCCGCUCCACGUCUUCACCGUCGCCUGCCUCGCUGAUCUCGAGGACCUGGCAUACCAGACCGCCAUCGAGUGGUGUCAAGACGGCGCAUUCGACCUCGAGGACACGUAUGUACAGGAGAUGGAGGCUCUUCCAGCUGGGACGUACUUCCGUCUCCUUUACUUCUGUGACGCUUUCAACCGAGGAGACGAGAUCGCGGAGCAUUGUUGCUUCACGCAGCCGCCUAGUGCCUCUGCCAGCCCUUCGGAGCCGUCGGAGACCUUCAUCGUGCCCUCCCCAUUUGAUCGACCAUCCGCACACGCAAAUAUCAUCGUACGCUCGGGCGACAAAGUCAACUUCUACGUAAACGAAGUCAUUCUUACCCAGUUCCCGAGCAAGCUGGCGGUUCUCUUGCACGACGCCCGCAACAGCAGUCGUAAAUCGCACGAUGGCUACCACGUCCUGGAUCUCCCUGAGGACGCGGCUUUCCUCCUUCCUCUACUCCAGCUCACCUAUCCGGGACCAAGCCCUCAUUUACGUGACUGGCAAGUGCUCACCGCCGUCCUCGAGACAGCAUACAAGUACGAGCUGGUGAGGGCUGCAGAGCUCGCAAAGAGCGCAUGGUCGAAGGAGAUCAAGGCCGAACCUGUGCGGUCGUACUUCGUCGCUGUGGAGCACGGCUGGGAAGCAGAGGCGCGGCUCGCAGCGAAGUGCGCGCUGCUCUGCCCCGAGGACAAGUACUACCCGGAGAUGGAGCUCGUCUCCGCGAGCCAUUACGACCGUUUCCUGCGAUACCGCCAGCGAUGCCGACGGAGCGUCAUCGACGCGCGCCGUGCCUUCAUCGACGACGUGUACAUGCCGGGCUCGUCCAUCGAGCAGAGGGAGGUAUACGACACGUUCUGGCACAAGCACGACUGCUCGAAUAUGUUCCAUUACACGUUGCAUGCUACGUGGGCGCGUGCGGGUGCGACGAGUCCCGGCUUGCGCUCGAGCCUGUGGUCGAUGGCUGGCUCGAUGCCACAGGAGUUCGGGCUUGGAGGCGAAUGGCCGAUGCAUAUGCACCAGCUUAUGUCGUGUUUGAACGCAUGGAACGGGCGCAAUGGAGACCUCCUCGAGCUCAUUCACAACUACGACAAGUGCGGCGGUCAGGCUAUGAACGCUGUCGACCAGUUGGUCCUUGAAGUUUGACGUGCUAUUCGUCGACACGUACAUUCUGAGACGCGAUAGCCGGGACAUUCUGCUAGCAGUGCUGCGAGGAGUGCGAGAAUUCAUCGAAGUCGCUGAGACACGGGGGCCACCCACCGUGGGGCCGCUGACGUGGGGCGUCCGUGCCUCUGCGAUGUUUCGAUGAGUCUGUCUUUCCUUCCCCCGAUGUAG